ACAAAGUCAAAGAACACAAAUUGGAGCAAAAUUAAAGAAAAUAAUUAAUUUUCAAGAGAUUUUAGACAAUUUAAAGCAGCAAACAUGGGAAAGGGCUUUAACAAUUACAUGUGUAAAAAAUUCUUCCAUCCAGCGUCGAGAGAUAACCUGAAGAGAGUAUGGAUGGCAGAGCAACAAGCCGACGCCUACAAGAAAAAACAAGAAGAGCUCCGAGCUCAAUACGAAAAGGAACAAGAUCUCCACGAAAGCAAAGCGAUGCUCUCAAAAGAAUCCAAGGCCAAGUUAUCCGUGAAUUUCAUGUACGAGCCCCCGCCUGGCAUCAAACGCACCCAAGAAAAGGAGGAAAACGAGCCCGAAUUCAAGUUCGAGUGGCAACGCAAGUACAACGCGCCUCGUGAAAGUUACUGCAAGAACGACAGCGACAUCAAAGAUCAGCCUUUCGGGAUCCAAGUCAGGAACGUUCGUUGCAUCAAGUGUCACAAAUGGGGUCACAUCAACACCGACAAGGAAUGCACGAUGUACAGCUUGUCCAUGUCAGAGGCGAAGAAAAUUCAUGCCGAAGCUGAAACGCAGGAAAUUAUUUCGCAAAACAUUUUGGAGAAACAAAUGCAGGAAGAUGGUCUCGCGAUGAAACGAAACGUUUUGAGCGCCUUUACGCAGCAACAACAACGGGGAACGCAUCACAAAUUGAUCACGGAAGACGUGGAAAGACCCCAAAAUGGCGCUGCAGCAGCAGAAACGGAAUUUUUAAAAGGACUCACGACGAAACAAAAGAAGGAACUCUUGAAGAAACUGAAAAAAUUGGAGAAAAAACACAAGAAAAAGUCAAAAAGUAGCAAAAAGAAGAAACGCAGUCGUUCCAGCAGCUCGUCAAGUAGCAGCAGUAGCGAAAGUGAACGUGAAGAAGACCGUAAACGACGACGAGAACGAAGUCGGGACCGCGAAAAACGCCGUAGUCGAUCACGUUCGAGGUCGGGACAUCGCGAAAGGCAUCGUGAACGAUCCCGCGACAGGCAUGAAAGACGUUCGCGUCGAUAAAUCUUUAAAAUUCAUUUAAAAAAUCUAUUUUAAGGCAUUUGAUGAAUAAAAAAAAAUUAAAAUUUGAC